AUGUCACAGCCUGAAUUACAGCAUGCAGCGUCUAUUCCCCGUAAUGUAUUCACGUUACCCUCACCGACCGAUAUCACCCUUACACCGUUCUGGACCACGGUUCGCCAUGUCGACAAUUUCAUCUUGCAAAGGUCUCAUGCCCCGGGGAAUCCCAUAUUCAAGAACCUUUUAAGCACGAUAGCCAAUGUACUUGAUACCAAGCAACCACCUUUUCGUAUUUUGUUUCAACGUGAUGUGAAUACGACAUGUCUUCAGAUUGCAGUGGGAGAGACCGAGACAAGUGUGGAAGCCGCUUGGGUGUGGAUUGAACGCAACAUGAUGCCCGAAUUGGAUACCAUCGACGAUCCAUUCGAGAAGGAGAGCUGGGUCGUGGAAAAGAUCAGCAUGAUUGUUACUACCAUUGACACCGGCACCGAUGAACUUUCGACCGAUGAAAAGGUUCGCAGCGCUUCAAGAGCUUUUCGACAAUUGUUUGAUGUCCCUCCAUCCGAACGUCUCGUAAGCUAUUACUCUUGCUCUUUGAAUGGAAGACAAGGAUGGCUCUACAUCAGUGAAAACUACCUGGGCUUUUACUCGUUCUUGCUUGGCGUCGAGACCAAAAAGCUGAUUGAGCUCAAGGAGAUCCAAGAUAUCACCAAAGAGAAUUCCAAACGAGCCAUGUUCGCUGAUAGCCUAAAGAUUGUCACCAAGGGAGAUGAUAAAUAUUUCUUCAGUAACAUGUUCAAGCGUGAUGAGGUAUACGAUCUCCUUGUUCAAUUGACAGGUCAAGCAAUGAUCCGUUUACUACGUAACGCGGGUGGUGAUGCAGCUCCAGGAUCAUCCAAUUCGCCAUCACUCGAUCGCAAUAUCAAAUCACCUGAUUCCCAACACAGCGAAGGCGUAUCAAGCUUGAGUAGUAGUAGUGGUGGCGGUGUCUUGGUGAAUCCUCUCAAGCAAGAUUUGGCUGAACAAAAGCGCAAUACCGAAUUAUGCCUUCAUUUUCGACUCCCCUUAUCAGAACGGCUCAUGAUGGAAGGACUUCGCGUGGGCUAUUCCAGAUGUGAGCAACCUACGGGUAUCCACAACAGCUAUUUCCCUGGUCGACUUUAUCUCUCAGAGACGUUCCUUUGCUUUGAAUCCAUCAAUCGACAAGCUCCUCCUCAACAACACCUUGCCCUUUGCUCACUUGUACUCCCAUUGUAUACCAUCAAACGUGUCGAACGUCUCAAUUCGGGAUCAUAUGGUACAGCUGUGUCCGUCACUGUUCAUAAAACUAUUGCCGAGCAUUUCUGCAAACUUUUGAGCCACCAGCUUGUUCAACAAAAACCGACCAUGAAGCGAUUCAAGGAGUUUCUCAAGACGUGUGAAUCUGAGCAGCUUGUACAAGAGGAAUACAACUUGAUUGAUGUCACAGACCCUAUCGGUGGACUUGGUGUACGAUUUGGUUACCCUGGUGACGCUAAAAAGUCCAAGGAUAAAGCCAAGACUCAAUUGUGGCGUAAAUACUUUUCAGAGCAUGGCAGGAAUCUCACCAUGGUAAAACUUCCCGAAUUUGGCAAGCUUGUUCGUGUCGGUCUACCCAAUGCCCUUCGAGGAGAGAUUUGGGAAGAAUGUUCAGGAUCCAUCUAUCUACGAUUGGCCAAUAUGGGUGUAUACGAGGAUAUACUCAAGACGUAUGAAGGGCAAUCCUCGUUGUCAACAGAAGAAAUUGAAAAGGAUUUGAACAGAUCACUUCCUGAAUAUGCUGCAUAUCAAACACCUGAAGGCAUUGAUAGUUUACGUCGUGUAUUGACCGCCUAUGCUUGGCGAAAUCCAGAAUUGGGAUACUGUCAAGCAAUGAAUAUUGUCACCUCGGCCAUGUUGAUCUACAUGACCGAAGAACAGGCCUUUUGGACUUUGAAUGUGCUGGUCGAUCGGAUGUGUCCUGGUUACUAUAGGCAAGUGGAUGCGGUAUUUUGUGAUUCAAGUAUGCUUAUGGAUGUUACCUAUAGUACGUCGAUGUAUGGUGCCCUUUUGGAUCAAAUUAUCUUUGAACAACUUGUGGAAAAGACGAUGCCAAUGCUUUGGAAUCAUUUCAAAAAGACCGAUGUCCAGCUGUCCGUUGCAUGCUUACCAUGGUUCCUCAGCCUUUAUGUCAAUUCAAUGCCGCUAUUAUUUGCAUUUCGUGUUCUCGACUAUCUUUUCCUUGAAGGUCCACGGAUAUUGUUUCAAAUCGGCCUGGCUAUUCUAAAGCUCAACGGGGAUGAUUUGCUCAACGCGAGAGACGAUGGCGCUUUUCUUGCUAUUCUCAAAAACUUUUUCACAACACUUGAUGCACCUAUCCACCCCAAUGCCCGUAACGAGAAAGCACGGAGGGUCACUAAAUUCAAUGAAGUCAUGUUGACAGCAUAUCGUGAAUUUUCCAUGGUAACGGAUGACUUGGUGACUGACAUGCGUCGUAAAAACCAGCUCAAAGUGGUUGCUGGCAUUGAAUCCUAUACCAAGCGAUCUGCUAUUCGGCAUCUCAAUGAUACUGGAGGAUUUGAAAAGGAUGAAAUUGGCAUCAUUUACGACAAAUACUUUGGUGCAUUGUAUUAUGGCAGUGGCAACAACCAAGGUGACAAGAAUGAAAGGACGACCAUGGAUAUUCAUACAUUCCAUGCCAUGCUCGACAGCGUCACGACAUGGUCCAAGGUCAAAGUUUCUCAUGAAGAAUCGGCUGAGAAUGCGUACAUGCGACAACUUGGCGACUUGUUCAUCCAGCGAAUGUACAAUUAUUUCAAGCAAGAGGAUCAUCCCGGUGUCACUUUUCAGGACACGGUGUUGGGAUUCAGUGAAAUCAUGCAUGGGGACAUUAUGGGACAAAUCGAGCUCUUUUUCAAAAUGUUUGAUCACGAUCAUGACGACAAGUUAGAAAAUGUGGACAUUGUGGAUAUGGUCAAGGAGCUAUACUGGUUACUGGUUCAGAUCAAUCAAGAUGCUUUUCUUGCAUGGGACGCUGUAUGCAAUUUAAUUGUACGCAGCCAUGAGCAAUCAGAAAUUUUACGUGGCAACCACCUAGACGAGGAAGCAUGUGCUGAAGAGCUGGCCAAUUUGAUCGGUCUGGGUCGUGUCGAUAAUGCAUUACCACUGGAGAAACGGAUACAACGGAUCGAAUCACUCUUACUUGACGACGUGAACCCGUUAUUUGUCAUCGAUAUUGGAUUACCCUCUUUUCGUAUGGCGGUACUCACCAACGAAUGCCUGGAGAUGUUUUUUGAUCACGGCUUUUCCAGCAGCUUUAGACUUGUCAAGGUGGAGAGCGAGCAACAAAAGAGCUUGGGUCGUGAAUUGUUUGAAAACUUGUUUGAUGAAGGCAAAAAGCUUGCAAAGACGCACAUGUCCACGCCUGGUUACUAUCGUGCUCCUUCACCCUCCGCUUCACCCUCCAUGUCGCCAUCCACAUCCAGCAAUACAAGCAGUCAUAUCACACAAGAAACAACAUCUCCUCCUCCACCUGCACUCGGUCAAUCAUUAUCAUCCCUAUCAUUGGACGACUCUUCUUCUCAACAAAAGGAGGAUAAACAAGACAUGUCAACCCAAGUAGAUUCAUUGCUAUCAGAGCUAGGCCACCAUGAUAAUUAA